AUGGUUGAUGGUUCUGUGGUUUCUGCAGACUCUGAAGUGAGUGAUGAUUCUUUGGAAGUUUCCUAUGAUUCUAGUAUUAGUGAAUCUUCUGAAUUGGUCAUUGGUGUGUCUGCUCGUGCUAUUGCAUCUGAACCAUAUACAAAUUCAGUUGUCUUAAUAGUCACAACAAUUGAUGGUAAGAAGCUUGUGAAGAGAGCUGUGUUGGUUUUCGACUUGUCAGCAACAAUUAGGGAGAAUGCCUCUUCAAUUUCUAGUGGUGCAACUGGUGGUUCCGGAUCGUCUACAAUGGAGACAAGCGGUGAAAGCAGUACAGGUGCCAUUUCUGUUACUUCAGGUUCAACAACUUCUGGAUUUGUUUCUGGUACUGAAACUGCUUCUUCUGUUGCUUCCACAUCUACUUCUACUGUUUCUACUAUGUCAACCACUGUUGUUGCUGUUACUUCUUGCUCAAGUCAUUCAUGUACAGAGGUCUCUAUCACCACAGGAGUUACUGUUGUCACAUCAACUGUUGAAGGUACCGUGACAACAUUCACAACAUUCUGUCCAUUGUCGUCUACUUCAGGUAGCUCAAUUGCUACAACAGAACCAACUUCUGUUACUGGAUCAAAGCCUGAAGGUACUUUAACAUCUGUUGUUCAUGCUUCAUCUACCACUGUGAUCACUGUUACAUCAUGUUCUGAACAGAAAUGUACUAAGAUCCCAACCACAACUGGUGUCACUGUUGUCACUUCAACCGAUGCUGGUACUGAAACCGUUUACACCACCUAUUGCCCAUUGAGCUCCACUGUUAUCCUUGGUCAGACAUCAACAACAGUAGGUGCUGUGGUACCUCCAGCUUCUGAGGGCCCAGCUAUAUCUGGCACUGCAGGUAAUGUCGGUAAUAACCCUGGAUCACAAGCUGCUCCAACUGUUGCCACUAAUGAAGCUGGUUCUGUUCGUACUGCCCAUAGUGCUGCUAUUGCCACUUCAGAAAAUGCUUCACAAGGUGCCGAUUUAUACCCAAUUGGUUCUGUUGCUACAUCGGUUGGCCCACAAGCACAAGCUACUGCUGUGUCUGGAAAUGAAGAUACCACAUCAACAGUUGUUAUUCAAGUUACAAAAACAGAAGCUUCUGCUAUUGAGACUAUGAGCACAUCAAACAUGCCUUACUCUAUUCCACCUUCAAGUUCAUACGAGGCUGCCGCUUCAAAGAACGUUUUUUCAAGUUUCACUGGUCUUUUGGUAUUCUUGUUAAUGCUUUUUUAA